AUGUCUGAGCUUAAUCCUAAAACAGAAUCUGUUGAAGAAAUAAAGCACGAUACAUCUGAAGAGCCUGUUUACGGAAAAUUUGACCCUAAUACUAAAGAUGCAGAUCUCGAAAAAUUCGCUCAAAAACUGGGCAUUGAAGAAUCGCAAUAUGGACCAUUAACGGAUAAGGACAGAGAGAAAUUUUACGAAGGAGAAGAACUUGCAAAAAACCUUAUUGCAUAUCGUCGCUUCACCGAGGCUCGACAGUUUGAUUCAUCUCAAGGUAGUCAUGUCAUGAUCAUUGACGGAAAGAUAGUGCGUUAUGGACCAGAAUUACCAGAUGAGGAAUACGACGAAAAAUCCAGGAGCGUUGUACGCGCCUCUUAUUGA